AUGGAAAUACAUCACAUGCGUUUGACUGUUUCCCUGUUUGUAUCAACAUGGCUUUUCAGACGUUUCCGCUGUUUCCGUGCAAAGUAAUCUUACUUUUCGUGGUUUCUCUCUUUGUUGUCGCAGAGGGACAGUAUAAGGGCUUCAGGAAGUUUUAUCAGGUGCAGGAUAGCAGCCACAAAGCUGUGUUUGAGGAGCUUUGGAUCACUCAGAAGCUGGAUCACUUCAAUGGUGCAGAUAGCAGAGAGUGGAAGCAAAGGUACUUUGUAAAUGAAGCCUUCUACAGGCCGGGCGGUCCAGUGUUUCUGAUGAUAGGUGGAGAGGGCCCGGCCAAUUCAGCCUGGAUGCUGGACGGCACCUGGCUCACCUACGCAGAGAAAAUGGGAGCACUUUGCCUGAUGCUGGAGCACCGCUUCUAUGGAAAGAGUCGCCCGACUGCGGACCUCAGCACAGACAACCUGCGUUACCUCAGCAGUCGCCAGGCGUUGGCUGACCUGGCACACUUCCGCACCGUUGUGGGUGAGGCCCGGGGGCUGGCCAACAGGAAGUGGGUGGCGUUUGGUGGGUCAUACCCAGGUUCCCUCGCCGCUUGGUUCAGGCUGAAGUAUCCGCACCUGGUCCAUGCCGCUGUGGCCACAAGUGCACCUGUCCAUGCCACUGUUAACUUCCCAGAGUACUUGGAGGUUGUGCGGCGUUCGCUGGCCUCGGAGAACGCAGAGUGCCCCCUACUGGUUAAAAAGGCUUCAGAUACCCUUGUGGAGCUCCUGAAGGACCCCAAGACCUAUGACAACAUCACCAAAGACUUCAACUUGUGUUCCAAACUGCAGAUCCAGUCAGAGAUGGACUCGGCCUACUUCCUGGAAAUGCUGGCUGGCAACUUCAUGGACGUGGUCCAGUACAAUGAAGACAACAGGGCGUUUGAGGGUGUGGUAGGCACCAACAUCACCAUCAAGGUGCUGUGCAGUAUAAUGAGUGACACCUCACUAGGGGAGCCUUAUGCCCGCUAUGCUGCUGUGGCCCGCCUCAUGAUGCACACCUUCUUUAUGAAUUGCCUGGAUGCCAGCUUCAGUACCAACCUCAGAGACAUGACCAAUACAUCCUGGGAGGGGUCAGCUGCAGGGGGAGGGAGACAGUGGGUCUACCAGACCUGCACUGAAUUCGGAUUCUACCAGAGCACUGAUUCCCCCGACCAACCAUUCACCGGCUUCCCUCUGGAGUAUCAACUGAAGCAAUGUGCGGACUACUACAACAUCAGUGCUGAGCAGGUGGCAGAGGCUGUGGCCCAGACCAAUGAGUACUACGGCGGCUAUGACAUCCGCUCCACCAGAAUAGUUUUCCCCAAUGGGUCCAUUGACCCCUGGCACGCUCUGGGGAUCACACAGGACAUCGCAGCUGACCUCCCGGCUGUUUUCAUCAAAGGAACAGCCCACUGUGCCAACAUGUACCCUGCCAGGAGCGAGGAUCUCCCCCAGCUCGCUCUGGCCCGUGACCACGUCUUCUUCCUGCUCCAGCAGUGGUUGAAGCAAUAACUGCUAGCCCAACAGGCCAAUCAAUAGCUUUGCAGAGCAAACCUAUUACUGUUUUGUCCAGAUCAUUUACACUGGAGUGAGACUGCUUAUUUUACUGCCACUUGUAUGAAUGCUUGAAAUGACUCUUUACACAAGCAGAAGAAGGUACAAUUUUCAGGUAUUUUAAAUGAGACAAUUUUGUGCCAAUGAAUAAAUGUGUUUUUAUGACUGUA